ACUGUCUUAUGAAGAACGACUGGAUAGACUUGGUUUAUACUCUCUAGAAUUUAGGAGAUUGAGAGGGGAUCUUAUAGAAACUUACAAAAUUCUUAAGGGGUUGGACAGGCUAGAUGCAGGAAGAUUGUUCCCGAUGUUGGGGAAGUCCAGGACAAGGGGUCACAGCUUAAGGAUAAGGGGAAAAUCCUUUAAAACCGAGAUGAGAAGAACUUUUUUCAUACAGAGAGUGGUGAAUCUCUGGAACUCUCUGCCACAGAGGGUAGUUGAGGCCAGUUCAUUGGCUAUAUUUAAGAGGGAGUUAGAUGUGGCCCUUGUGGCUAAGGGGAUCAGGGGGUAUGGAGAGAAAGCAGGUACGGGAUACUGAGUUGGAUGAUCAGCCAUGAUCAUAUUGAAUGCCGGUGCAGGCUCGAAGGGCUGAAUGGCCUACUCCUGCACCUAUUUUCUAUGUUUCUAUGUUUCUAUGUUUCUAUGAACAGUGUCCUCGACUCCUGCAGCACGGAAACGAGCAUUUCAGCCCAUCUCAUCCAUGGCAACCAAGAUGUGCACAAAAGGCCCCAGAAUGUACUAUCGGGAAGAGACUCGGGAAAUUGAGGCUCUGGUGAAGAGUUAGAAGGGGGCAUUUGGCAGUUAUAAGCAACUGGGGUCGAUUGUAUCCCUGGAGGAGCUUUGGGACCUAAGCAAUAAGCUAAAACAGGAAAUCAGGGGGGCAAAAAGAUGUUAGCGUUGAAUGGGGUUGAGAGCUCUCACUGGGUUCUGAGGAGGAUUACAACUCCGACAAUGGGGAGUGAUUCUUGAUUAGUACGGAUGUCAAGGGUUAUGGAGAAGGGGCAGGAGAGUGGGGUUGGAAGGAACAGAUGGAUCAGCCAUGAUGGAAUGGCGGAGUGGACAUGAUGGGCCCAAUGGCCUUAUUCUGCUCCUACCACAUGACCUUAUGACUUUAUGAUUGUGGUGAGACUGACAAUCUGGGAUCCACUUGGGAGGCUGCAAGGUAACAAAGCACAGAGCGUAACUUGGGAAGUCGGAUGUAGAGGAUAGAGCGACAUAACUCACACCAAUCAAAUUCAUGGCCUCACUCACUGAUCACGCCAUCCGGAUUAGUUACAUGGACAUCGAGCCCAUGAAACGUUCAGCAGAUCGGGAGUACCUGAUGAGACAGAGUCCAAUUGCUUUUAUGGAAGGGAAGUCAAAUUCAGAUAUAACUUCGCUGGGAUGUUCCAGGGUCGGGGGCAGAGAGGCCGGAGAGGAUUAGAGAUAAGCGAAGUGAAUGGACAAAUGCCCUGCAUCAUAUUGGGCACACAAGCGAACAGAUCCAGUGUGAUGCAAACACAGGAAGGCCGUGUAUAUUCGAUGGUGAUACAAUGAAGGAUGUCGGUGCUCAGUCGGCCCCGCUGCCCUUGUACACUGCACGGCAUCAUCCUGAAACAACAAGGAACUGGGCGUCAAGUGACAAAUUGGUCUUUAUUGCCAGAGGAUCUGACCAAGUGUAAAGAUGGUUUGUUCAGUUCUAUACUGGCCGGAACACCACAUCUAGAAUAUUGUGAUCAGCUCUGAUCUCUCCGCCAUAGGAUUUCUGUCCCUGCUAUAGAGGGUGUGCGACCAAGGGUACACACUCCUGUGCUCAUUGUAUUGUCUUGUGAAAGUGUGUACAUAAACGGGGCCUAUACUCUAUCCAGGGGAGAAAAACGAGGGCUGAUAUCACGACAGCCUAUACAGUUCUACUGCUGCUCGGUGGGGUAGAUGCGGGGAAUAUGUUUGUCCUGACUUGGCCGUCCGGGGCCAGGGUUCACACUCGGAAUCAGUGACUUGUUAUUCGGCAAGCUUCAUUCUUCUCUCAGCUCCCCCUUCCUCUUGGUUACGGGUGUUGUGGGAUUGGAAGGAAGUGAAACGUACUGAUACUGAAAACACGGGUUCUGGAAGAUGCAGCGUGCUCCUUGCAGUUUAACACUGGAAAGGCCAUUCGCCGAAUCGUCCGUACUUCCCAUUUCAGGGAAUAAUGGUUUCGUUCUUCGGAGUAAGGUCAAUGUGGAGUCUAGGGACUUUACAGGCAGCCCCUGCAUUCCGGUCUGACUCUCCCGCUACCCUUUAAAAGGUAGACGGAGUGUAAGCUGCUCAGUCACUGAGCCCCAGCCAGCACUUCCAUCCUAGGAAGCACCAUGAAGACAGCGCUCUGCGUCGUUGCCCUUGUAGGAGCCCUGGUGAUCUGCAGUUUCCAGAAUGUUGCAGCCGCCCCGAUGGGAUCGAUAAUCCCGGAAUGCUGUGAGACGUUUAAAACCACUCGUAUUCCUCACAGGAGGCUUAAAAGCUACAUGGCAGCUCCAUGGUGCUCGACUCCCGCUGUCAUAUUCGUCAACCGGAGGGAUAUGAAGAUUUGCACCAAAGCCGGCGACGGAUGGGUCAAAACUGCAAUGAAGUAUCUGGACAGCAAACACAAGAAGUGAGAGACGAAGUGAAAUCUCUGCAUUCCAACAGACUGCCAAGAGUCGUCCCUGAAAGUCCGUUCCAUUCCCUCAGACCCACUGGUGUGGAUAAAAGCGUCGGCAUUGAGUCCACAUCCCACACAGGUCGGAUUACUGCCUGGUGCGUUGUAGAAUUGGACAUCAUAAAGCAUUCACUCGUUCUCCUUAUCGACGAUAUAUCCUGUAUAUUAUGUUAAUUUAUUUGUAGUUCUUGCAAUUAUCUUCUUUUAUUUGUCGAGUUGCAGUGUUAAUAAACUUUGAACAUGCGGUUAA